CUUUAUUUCUUCAACAACUGUUGCUAGGAGUUUGGAAAGAUGAAAGGAAGGAAGAAGAAAUGGUCCUUACCUUUAACCUUAAUCUUGCUGUUCAUCUCUAUCACUGGGAGUGCAACUACUGACCUAGAUGACAGCGAAGAGGAAUAUGUUUUGGGUGCUGCUUUGCCACCACUGAAAGUAGGGCAUUCAGUCUGUGCCAUGAAAGCAGAUGAAGGUCCAUGCAAAGCAAUCCACAUACGCUAUUACUUCAAUGUUCAAAGCCGUGAGUGUGAAAUAUUUGAAUAUGGUGGGUGUCAUGGCAAUGAGAACAACUUUCUAACACUGGAAGAAUGUCAGAAGAAGUGUGUGGUAACAGAAUUGCCUCAGAAGAUUAUGGCAGCAAAGAUUAAGAAAGCAUUGUUUGUAGAAAAGCCCAGCUUCUGCUUUCAUGAGAAAGACCCUGGAGUCUGCCGAGGCUAUUUUUCCAGGUAUUUCUAUAACAAAGAGACCAAGUUAUGUGAAUUAUUCAAGUAUGGUGGGUGCCUUGGAAACCAGAACAACUUCAGGAGCUUGGAAGAAUGCCAGACUACCUGCCAAGACAACUGUAAUUUAUUGCCAGUUGUUCCAGUUGAAGAGCAUCCUAAUGGUGUCAACAGCAGUUCCCCAGUGGAAGAACCCAACCAGGUCCCUGGGAUUUCUGUAAAUUUCUUGCCAACUGCUCCGAAUGAGGAGAAGUCCAACACUCUGAACAGUAGUUUCCCAAAGGCAGAGCGCAACCAGUUUCCCUUUUUUUUUGAACCACCCCCUAUCCCAUCUUUGUGCAUGACCAGUAUGGACAAAGGACUUUGUAGAGCCAAAGAAUUAAGAUUUUUCUACAACUACACAACUGGGAGAUGUCACUCAUUUAGCUACAGUGGUUGUGGUGGGAAUGAAAAUAAUUUCACCUCCAGGAAGUCAUGUUUGAGGAUCUGCAAGAAAGGAUUCAAUAAAAAAAAAGGUGAAAGAAGAUUAAUAAAACUCAAGAAGAAAAGAAAGAAACAAUCAGUAAAAGACUGGGAUGAGGAAAUCACCCCUGGAGGGACACAACUUUGAUUUUUAUGAAAAUGUGAAGUAAACAACUAUUCACUAGUGAAUGACAGCCUUUAGU